UAGUGCAGAGCAGCAGCACUGUUGUGUGACUCUCUUCUCUGCAGGCUCAGUAGAAUGGCCCUCGUCAGUCUCCUGAUUGCUGGGGGGCUGCUGAGCUGCCUCUACUCUCUCUGCUCCUCCACAGGAACACCAGAGCCGUCUUUCUUGGUGACCUUUCCUGCCCUGAUAAGGUCAGAGUCAGAAGCCCAACUCUGUGCCAGCCUCCUUAGUCCAAAUGAGACUCUGCUCAUGUCCAUAUAUCUGACUAAUGGAGACGAGAAGAAGCUUCUUCACCAGGAAACAUCAGACAAGGACUUUCACCGCUGUUUCCAGUUCCAGGCCCCUUCAGUGAGUGAAAACACUGUGCAGAAGAUCAAAGUGGAGGUCAAAGGCCAAACAUCCCACUGGACUAAAGAGAGUUCUGUUACGUUCAGACCAACACCUAACAAGACCUUCAUCACCUUCAUCCAAACCGAUAAACCCAUAUACAACCCAGGCCAAACAGUGCAUUUCAGAGUGGUCACCAUGGACACCAAUUUCAUUCCGCUCAGUGAAAAGUACAACCUGGUGUCACUAGAGGACAGCCGUCGCAACACCAUUGGCCAGUGGCUUAAUGUGACGUCACAGGGCAAGAUAGUGCAGCUUUCUCACGUGUUAAACUCAGGCUGGGUAGAUGGUGAACACAGCGACGUAUUACAUCAAUUUCAAGUGAAAAAAUAUGUGUUGCCCAAGUUUGACAUUACGCUGAACACUCCAGAGAAGAUCAGUGUUGGUGCAGAAGAGGUCAGAUUGGUGGUGUGUGCAAAGUACACAUUUGGUCAGCCAGUACCAGGGAAGGCUUCCAUGUCAUUGUGUCGAGACGCUGACGAAACUGUUCCUCAAAAACCUUGUUCUGCUCCAUCAGUAGAGAUGGAUGAGUCUGGUUGUGCCUCUCAUGUCUUCAUCAUGUCAGUGUUUACACAACCUGACUUUGCUGAAAAACUGAUGAACAGUUUCACAUUCUCUGCCACAGUAACUGAGGAGGGAACAGGUAUCAGUCGAUCAGAGAGCAAAGACAUACGGUUGGACUUCACCCUUGGGAAACUCACAUUUGUUGAUACACCAGAUGUGAUUGAGGAAGGGGCAGUUAUGGAGGGCAAGAUCAAAGCGAUCCAUUACAAUAACACGGGCAUAGCUGACAGGACCAUCCAUCUAUUUAAAGGUCCGACGUGGAGCGCAGAACUCUUACUGAACCUGACCACAGACUCUGAUGGAGUGGCCCAGUUCUCUCUCAACACGACUACUUUCACAGGAGACUUUGAGCUCAUCGCCAGCCUCUAUACAGACAUCAAUACAUACAGACCGUAUAAUACCCCACACUAUGACUCCGCAUCAAAGUCUGUGUCCAGACUGAGACCUUCAUCCAGCUCUGUGACUAUAAAGGCUAUAGAUGAGCCUCUUCAGUGUGACAAAGACACACCCAUCAGCAUUAAGUACACCUUCACUGGGGAGACAUUCAACACAGACUCUGUGGAUAUCAUUUAUAUGGUUUUAUCCAAAGGAGAGAUUGUUCACCAUGGCUUCACUGAGGCUUCAGUGAAGGCUUCCCAACCGGUCAUUAUGGGUGAGGUGUCCUUCAAGCUGUCUGUCAGUCCUGGGAUGGCCCCCUCAGUGCAGGUUCUGGCCUACUGUGUCUUACCCAGUGAGACGCUCCUGGCUGAGAGCAGAACCUUCUCAACUGAGAAGUGCUUCAGAAACAAGGUGUCGCUGCAGUUCUCUCCCCCUAAAGCGGUUCCUGGAGAGAAGAGCUCGCUGCAGCUGUCAGCUCAGCCUGGCUCUCUGUGUGGCCUCAGUGCUGUGGAUCAGAGCAUCUUAAUCCUGGAACCAGGGAAGCGCCUGGAUGCCCAGAAGGUAUUUGGAUUAUUACCACCGGCCUGGGAAAUUCAAGAUGAUUAUUACCCUAAUUAUGAAGAUUGCCUUGAAGUGAGACCCAGGCGCUCCUCUGUGCCGUACUUCACACGCUUCCCAUCACGUCAUCCUCAGGUCUUUGCCGUUUUCAAGAAACUGGGACUGAAGACUGCAAGUAAUCUGAUCCUACCUAAGUGCUUUCGGUAUAAUUGGGAGACAUACCUCGAGGAACCCAGAGAGGGUAUGAGCACCCUCAAGGAAAUCCAUUGUUCUGACAUGUGGUCUCUUCACAGAGAGUCUGGAGAAGCACAAGUCCCUCUCACUGUCCCUGACACCAUCACCACCUGGGAGACUGAGGCUUUCUGCCUGUCCCCCCAGGGCUUUGGUCUGGCCCCACCAGUUCAGCUCACAGUUUUCCAGCCCUUCUUCCUGGAGCUCUCCCUGCCAUACUCCAUCAUCCGUGGAGAGACCUUUGAGCUCAAAGCAACAGUUUUCAACUACCUACCAAAGUGCAUCAUGGUUACAGCGACUCCAGCCCCUUCAUCAGACUUCACUCUGACCCCCUCCUCUGAUGGCCAGUACUCCUCCUGUCUGUGUGCAAAUGGCAGGAAGACCUUCAAAUGGACACUGGUGCCCUCUGUGCUCGGAGAGGUGCAGGUGACUGUGAGUGCUGCAGCUGAGCAGUCCCAGACUGGGUGUGGCAAUGAGGUGGUGACUGUCCCAGAGAGAGGCCGCAUAGACACAGUCACACGCUCCCUCAGGGUGAAGGCUGAAGGAACCGAGAAGACUGAAAGUUUCAGUUGGCUCUUAUGUCCAAAGGGGGGCGCUCUAACAGAGAAGGUGGAGCUGAAACUCCCAGAGGCUAUAGUGAAGGGAUCAACCAGAGCUUCAGUUUCUGUGCUGGGAGACGUCCUGGGUCGUGCUCUGAAGAACAUUGGCAGUCUCCUCCAGAUGCCAUAUGGUUGUGGGGAGCAAAAUAUGGCCAUCCUCUCCCCCAAUAUCUACAUUCUGCAGUACCUACAGAACACUGGCCAGCUCACUGCAGACAUCAGGGAGAGGGCCACCAAUUUUCUUAAAAAUGGAUACCAGAGGCAGCUGAACUACAAGCACAGUGAUGGAGCCUACAGCACGUUUGGCGAAGGGGAGGGAAACACAUGGCUGACUGCUUUUGUGUUGAGGUCCUUUGGUAAAGCAAAGUCCUUCAUCUACAUUGACCCACACAUUAUUGCAUCUGCCAAGGCUUGGCUUGAAGGAAAAAUUAGACCAGAUGGUGUUUUCCAUAUGCAAGGAAAACUUUUCAACAACAGAAUGAAGGGAGGUGUAAACGAUGAUGUAACAAUAACUGCUUAUAUCACUGCAUCAAUGCUGGAGCUGAACAUGUCUGUUACGGCAAAAACACUGAAGUUUCUAAAGUCCUCCAUCAGUGACCUCUCCAACACCUACUCCACUGCUCUACUGGCCUACACCUUCAGUCUUGCUGGAGAAGAGGACAUCCGAGCUCAGCUUCUCAAACACUUGGACAGUGUAGCAACCUCUGAUGGGAGUCUCCUGCACUGGUCUCAGUCCUCAUCAGAGCGAGCUGAUUCCCUGGCGGUGGAGACGAGCUCUUAUGUGCUGUUAGCUGUUCUCACUAAAACCACACUGACUGCUGCUGACUUAGGGUAUGCUGCCAGGAUUGUCAACUGGCUGGUGAAGCAGCAAAAUCCAUAUGGAGGCUUCUCUUCCACACAGGACACGGUGGUGGCACUGCAGGCUCUGGCUCUGUACGCCACCAAUGUCUUCAGCCCACAUGGAUCCAGCACAGUGACAGUGCAGUCAGCAGGUGGGGACAAACACCAGUUUGACGUGAACCAGCACAACACAUUACUGUACCAGGAGAGGGCGCUGCAGGACGUUCCUGGGAAGUACAGCGUAGAAGUCAAGGGCUCUGCAUGUGCUUCUGUGGUGGGUCAGUCUGAAAGUUCACUUCUACUUUGUUCUAGACAUUCUGUUAGGGCUAUUUAUUCAUGUCUAAAUCCUCUUCUGUACCAGAUGGCUCUUUUCUACAACAUCCCCACUUCCACUGAGCACUCAACCUUGAGCAUUAAGACUCAAGCCAAGCCUCUGACUGAGGGAGAGUGCAACAAGGCCAAUGGACAGGCCUUCAACUUAGACAUAACAGUCCAGUAUGAUGGACCACAGGAGAGCACCAACAUGGCUAUAAUAGAUGUGAAAAUGUUAUCUGGUUUCACACCUGACUCUGCCUCUCUUAAAAGGCUACAGGGCAGCAAACUUGUGGACCGAGUCGAUAAGAAAGAUGACCACAUCCUUGUGUAUCUGUCAGAGGUUCCGAAGGGUUUUCCUGUCUCCUACCACCUGACCAUCCGACAGGAUCUCCCAGUGAACAACCUGAAGCCAGCAGUGGUCAAGGUGUACGACUACUACCAGACCAGUGACCAAGCUGAGGCAGAGUACUCCUCCCCUUGUGCAUGAGAAGGUGUCCUGAUGUAUUGUGUGUGUGUGAACGUUGUUUUGUUUUUUCAUCAAAGACAACUAAAGAGACAGGACUUCAAAUGGAAAUUACAUUUCAUAAAAAAAAUCUGUGUGAAUAAAUGACACGAUUAUGAUGAUUUUAUGAGACAAAUAUGUUGACAGUAUUUCCUUCAUCAUAUCAUAUUUCAGAGUCAUUAUAAUACUCCCUAAUGAACCAGUGUUGCAUACGCACAUAAGAGAUACAGAGGGGUUUGUAACUUCCUGACCAAUGAAAUGUCUCCAUCAGGUGACCGAGCUGAGGCAGAGUACUCCUCCCCUUGUGCAGGUCAGAUGCUCUACUGAGUACGCUUAAGGCAUGCAUAUAUAAUGGAUGUGGCGAUAUUAUUAUGAAUAUGUGUGUGUGUGUAUUUUUGUUUUAUAACCC